AUGGAUAAAAAAAGAAAAUGCUUUAAAAAAGGUGACACAAUUUUAAUUGAUAAACCAUUCAUCCAUGUACUGAAGUCCACGUUCAAAAACGAAAAAUGUGAUUAUUGUUAUUCUGAGUAAGCAAAAUCAAAUAUAUAUAUAGAUACACUCACUUAUUUUAUAUUUAAUAUUGUACCCAUUUAUUCUGUUAUAUUUUAGUUCUAGCCUCUCUAGAUGUUCAGGCUGUGGAUAUGUUCUCUACUGUAAUCGUACAUGCCAAAAGUUAUCGUGGGCUGAGCAUAAACUAGAAUGUGCUAAAAUGAAGAAAAUCCUUCCUAAAACAAUACCAGAUGCUGCAAGAAUUAUGUCAAAAAUAAUAAUCAAGCUUAAGGUCGUAAUAAAUGUUUACAAAGUAUUAUAUAAAAAAAAUUCUAUUUUAUGACAAUAUUUAAUAUGCAGAAUGGAGGAUGUACAGAAAAAGGCUACUACACAACUAAUCGUUACAGAACAUUCAAGGAUCUUAUGUCACGUAAUCAUAUUUCUUCAUCUAAUACUGAAAUGAGUGAUUUAGAUUUAAUUGAUUUAUUAUUUUAGAUUACCCUAAUUUAAAAAAUGACUCUCAUCGGCUAGAACAUUUUGCUACUUUGUGUGAAGUGUUAAAAGAAUAUAUGGGUGAAACAAAUCUUCCUAAUGCAGUAGAUUUACUUGGAAUCUACGGUCGAGUGAGUAAAUUAAAAAAAAAAAUGUUUAGACUCAAAAUAUAUAAUAAAAACCUUUGUGGUAAAAGUUUACAAAAUAUAAAAAAUAAUAUGUAUAAUCUAUGUUUCUUGGUAUAAUGAUACUAUCUGAUUUAAACAAAAUAUAAAAUAAAGAAUACCCAAUAAUAAAAUGUCUAAUGUGUUACAAUUAGAAAAACCACUAGACCAAUCAUUUUUCAUAUAUAAUUAAAAUACAUUUUUCUUCUUCCUCAACAAAAAUUUGAAUAUAUUUAGUUUUUUAACAGUAUUACCCUGUAUAAUGGUUUAACAAGUAAUAUAUCUAUAGAUACUAUCUUAAUAUUUUUUUAAAUGAACAAUGUUAUACCUACUUUGAAUUUUAAAAUAUUAACUUUUUUUCGAUAUUAGGUAUAAAUAACUGUUUUUUUAUUUAUUUCUUUUGCAGAUGUGUAUUAAUGCAUUUAAUAUAUUAGAUGAUAACUUGAACACUAUUGGAACAGGGAUAUAUCUUGCUGCUUCGGUAUUAAAUCAUUCAUGUGUACCUAAUGCAACUGCAACAUUUGAUGGUACUACAUUAAGAAUUGGUGCUAUAAUGGAUAUUGAACAUACUGAUCCAGAACUGGUAACUAAAAAUAAUAAUAAAACAUUAAUUAAAGAAGAAAAUUCACAAUAGAUUUUUUUCAUUUAUACGUAACAUUUGGUUUUAAUUUCCAUACAUGUAAACAUAUGUUUUACUAUAUUGACAUAUGCAAGACUUUUUUCUAUAAAAUUAUUUAUAUGGAUAAUUUUCCUAAAUGUAUGUAUAUUAAGUUUUAUUUACAACUUAACUAAUUUUUUGUAAUGUGUACAGCACAAUUAGCCAAAAAUUGAUUCUGAUAUGAUAAAUUGUAUUAUUUAUUGUUACUGAGAUUUUUAAUGAAUUAUAUAUUUAUAGCAUGUAUAUAUAUCAUAUUUGGAACUCAUGCAAACCACUGAAGAACGUCGAAAUGAAUUACAAACAAAUUACUAUUUUUUGUGUGAAUGUAAACGUUGUAUAACAAAUUACGAACAACAAUUUGUUAAUUCUAUGAUAUGUACUAAUGCUGAAUGUAAAGCUGCAAUUCCUUUAGGAAAUAAAGAGAAAGAAGUGUGUUAUUUGUAUUACACUAAACUUGUACUUAUUUUAAUUAAUUGUUAAGAAUAGUUUAAAAAUGUUUUUAAUUACUUAUUGAUUUCUGAAGAUUCCAGAUUCAGUUAGCUGUUCAAAAUGUCUGGAAAAAGUCACCAAAGAUAGAAUUCAAAUGUUUUUUGAUGUUACUGAUUUCACUGAAUUUCAAUUAAAUCGUAUGAGAGAUAUUGGUUGUAUCCUUUUUAUACACAUUUAUUUAUUUUCAAUUAAACAAUAAUUAUAUAUUUAUUUUUUUGUAUAUGUAUAAAAAGAAAAGUGAUUAUUUCCCAUUGACCUUUUUAGAUCUUGAUGUUUGUAAAAUAUGUCUAGAAAAACAAAAUGGGAUUUUUCAUCCAAAUAAUAUCAAUCGUAUUAAGAUUUUAGAUUUAGCUUUUGAAAGUGCUAUAAAAAUGGAGCAAUGGAAAGAGAGCUUGAAAUAUGGCAUUCUUUUAAUUGAAGGAUAUAAGUAAAUACUAGUUUUUAUUAAUUAAAAUUAAGUCGUUUAAAUCUAUAUCAUUUGAAAUUUUAUUUAUAAAUAUUUUUUUAAAGUAAUAAAUAACCUAUUAAUUUUUUUUUUAGGGUGUAUUAUGGUGAAUGUCAUCCUUCUUUAGGCAUUUUGUAUAUGAAACUAUUUAAAUUAUGUUCUGUUGUUGAAAAUUCUGAAUCGGCAGUAAAAUAUCUAAAAAAUGGAAUGUCAAUUUUAAAAGUAACACACGGAGAAGAAAAUAGCUUAUAUAAAAAUGAAGUUAUUCCAUGCUACAAAGAAUUAAUUCAAUAUUUCUGA